CCACUGUUUGAAAAAUGUAUUAUCGCAAUAUGCAUCGCUGCAUCAGAUAGAUCAUAUUUCCGCGGGUGUUAUCACGCAAUAUGUUCAUUACACGUUAAGCCAUCGGAUCGUUUUAGUUAUCCACUUGCUGACGAGCCGAAUACAGCUUCUAUUUUCUUAUUAGCAUUAUUAUCAUUCUUCAUCCAUCGCGGUCACACUCGUUUAAUUGGUAUUGUGCUAAAAAAGAAGUGCCAAGUGAUAUUAAAAAUAUUUUUUAUAAAUUAUGAUACUUAUUUAUAAACAAACACUUGUUUGAGCAAAUAGAUUGAAAACACACUGGUAUUCAUUUGUAAUAUACUUUAAUAUUACAUAAAAUUUUAUGUGACAAAAAUGGCAGCGCGACGAAUUUUUCUAAUCGCGCUGUUUCUUACGUAUACACGUCAUUCGCAUGGUUUUACGAAAGAUGACGAUAUCUGUUAUUGGUAUCGUUCGCACGCCGACGAUCAUUCCGAAUGCGACUUUGUGAAAAGUCGGCAACGUCUCGUUUGUUUCAACGGUAUUAGAGAUGAAUGGCGAGCAAGGGCUGAAAAUGUGCAGAUACUUAUCCUUUGCACGUGGCCGAAAACGACGUUUGAUCCUCAAGAGAUUCUACGGGGAUUCACGUUUUUACGAAAGUUAAUGAUCGCGAACAGUAACCUAACUCGAUUGUCAACCGCAUUUUCGAGCGAGACGCAAUUUCUGGAGAAAAUCAAUGUCACCGGCACGAAAUUGCGUGCACUACCGAAAAAUGCGUUCUCGAAUCUGCGGGCUUUGAGGUGUCUCGAUCUGAGAAACAACGCUCUUGAAGAGAUCAGCGUUACCGCUUUCAAUGUAUCCGCGUUAAAGCACAUUCAUCUGACUGGUAAUCCAUUGAGAUGUACGGAAGAUAUAGCGUGGAUUUUGGACUCCAGUGAAGGAUCAGCCGCGAGUAAAGUCGUCGACAAAGACAAAUUACUUUGCGCCACGCCGUAUGAUGGAAGACCACUUGUCCCGAUCGUCGAGAUAAUCGCGACAUUGAAGAAGGAAUGCAAAAAGACGGUUUGCGAUUGCGAAUUGAUUUACGUGGUUAGAGGCAAAUUAACCACGCAGAAGCAACUUAUAGCUUUUAUUUCGGUUAAUUGUAGUCAUCGCGGCCUAACCGAAAUGCCCCAAUUCUUGCCGACAGAUACAACGACCCUUCACCUAAGUGGGAAUAAGAUCAUGGAUUUAACUCCACUCACGACAAAUCCAGCUUACAAGUCCGUAUUGGACCUCUACGUAGACGAUAAUCUGGUAGAAUCUAUUGCCCGGCUAGAAGGAUCAGACUGGCUGGAUCGUUUCAGACUCUUUAAUCUACGAGGGAAUAAACUUAUCGAUUUGCCUACUUACGCUUUAGAAAACGCAUUACUGCACAACAGUAAUGUAGCUAGCCUGUAUCUUGGCAAUAAUUCGUGGACAUGCGACUGCCAUUUUACACCGAGUUUUCAGGUAUUAUUAAAAAAAAAAUUAAUAGUACAAUUAAUUAAAAAUUGGCAAACAGUAUAUGUUUUGUUCGUUUAA